AUGAAAGGUUUAAUUUUAGUCGGUGGUUACGGUACCAGAUUGAGACCUUUAACCUUAACUGUUCCAAAGCCUUUGGUCGAAUUCGGUAACAGACCAAUGAUCUUACAUCAAAUCGAAGCUUUGGCUAACGCUGGUGUCACUGAUAUCGUCCUAGCUGUCAACUACAGACCAGAAGUCAUGGUUGAAACUUUGCAAAAGUACGAAAAGGAAUACGGUGUCUCCAUUACUUUCUCUGUCGAAGAAGAACCAUUAGACACUGCUGGUCCAUUGAAAUUGGCUGAAAAGAUCUUGAAGAAGGAUAACUCUCCAUUCUUCGUCUUGAACUCCGAUGUCAUUUGUGAUUAUCCAUUCAAGGAAUUAGCCGAUUUCCACAAGGCUCACGGUGGUAAGGGUACCAUUGUUGCCACCAAGGUCGAUGAACCAUCCAAAUACGGUGUUAUUGUCCAUGACAUUGCUACUCCAAAUUUGAUUGACAGAUUCGUCGAAAAGCCAAAGGAAUUCGUUGGUAAUAGAAUUAACGCCGGUUUGUACAUCUUAAACCCAGAAGUUAUCGAUUUGAUUGAAAUGAAACCAACUUCCAUUGAAAAGGAAACUUUCCCAAUCUUAGUUAACGAAAAAUCUCUAUACUCUUUCGAUCUAGAAGGUUUCUGGAUGGAUGUCGGUCAACCAAAGGAUUUCUUAUCUGGUACCGUUCUAUAUCUACAAAGUGUAUCCAAGAAGAACCCAGAAAAAUUGGCUAAGGGUGAAAACAUUGUCGGUAACGUCAUGGUUGACCCAACUGCUACCAUCUCUCCAAAUGCUAAGGUUGGUCCAGAUGUCGUCAUUGGUCCAAAUGUCACUAUUGGUGAUGGUGUUAGAAUUGAAAGAUCCGUCGUCAUGGCUAACUCUUCCGUUAAGGAACACUCUUUAGUUAAGUCUACUAUUGUUGGCUGGAAUUCAACUGUCGGUAGAUGGUGUCGUCUAGAAGGUGUCACCGUUUUGGGUGAUGACGUUAAGGUUAAGGAUGAAAUUUACGUUAAUGGUGGUAAGGUCUUACCUCACAAGACUAUCUCUGCUAAUGUCCCACAAGAAUCCAUUAUUAUGUAA